AUUUAUUAUUUAAAUCUAUGGAUCAAUCCAUAAAUCAAUUGGAUUGUAUUUAAAUAAAUUGAAUUAUUUAUAUUUUUAAGUGGAUGGAUUGGUGUAUUAUAUUAUAUCACUAAUUGCCUCUUCAUAGUGUUGCACUUGGCUGUUGAAAUUGAUUAAUCUCUUUUUGAAUUUUUUGAUAUUCUAAAAGUUAAUUGGGGCAGCCCGAUAGAUUCGGGCAUGGCUUGGGCUCAGCAGGAAGUUCAAGGCCCGCUCACAGCCAGCGAGCCGUCGUCGUCUUUCUUUCGCCGCAACUUCUUCAUCAGGAUUGAUUGAUUCUGUCCAAUUUCCCGGAUGCCAAACAGAGCUUCCAUUCCAUCCCGCCGCAGCCAUCGCCAAUAUGCUGAGAAGGAAACCCACUAAAAUUGAGGUGACAAUCGAAGACAAAGAAGAGAUCGAAGAAGCCCGCAGUCGUGCCGCUGCCGCCGUCGUCGCCGCCCCUUCCGCCGCCGACGCUCUCGUCCGACUCCUCGAACGCACACAAUCCAGCACCACCACCAACAACCCCGCCGCCCCCUCCAAAUCCCAGCGCAUCGGCCUCUCCUCCUCUUGAAAUCUCACAAAUGGAAGUGGAGGUCAAGCUAGGGCUUCCGGACGCCGCCGCACACUCCAAAUUUAAAUCCCUGAUUUCAGAAUUUCACGUCAAGACCGUCAACCAGCAGAACCUCUUCUUCGACACCCCCGCCGCGGCCCUCGCAUCCGAGCGCGCCGUGCUCCGCCUCCGAUUCCUCGACGGCGUCACCCGCUGCGUCGUUUCGCUGAAGGCCAAGGCCGUUUUGGUCGACGGGGUGAGUCGGGUCGAGGAGGACGAGGAGGAGAUCGACCCGGUUCUGGGCCGGGCAUGUGCCGCCGACCCGAUGAAGCUGGGGUCGAUUGAUUCGAGGAUUGUGAAAAGGUGCAGGGAUGAGUUUGGCGAUGGGAAGGAGAUGGGCUUCGUUUGCUUGGGAGGGUUUGAGAAUGUGAGGGAUGUUUACCAAUGGAGAGGGAUGAAGCUGGAAGUGGACGAGACUAAGUAUGCAUUUGGAGUGAGCUAUGAGAUUGAGUGCGAGAGUGAGGAUCCUGAAGGGGUGAAGAAGGAGCUUGAAGGGUUUCUGAAGGAGAAUGGGGUUGAUUACAAGUACUCUGAGAUGUCAAAGUUUGCUGUUUUCCGAUCUGGGAAGCUACCAUAAGGGUAAGUGAUUAUCGUAAAGCUCUCAAAUUUUGCCUAUGAAUUUGGGAAUGGUGUGGUUGUAAGAUUGUCUGAGUGAAGAACACAGAGUACUGAAACAUGUUUUGUUACUUUGUUUGAUAAAGCUCUUAAAUUUUGGCUCUGGAUUUGGGAAUGGGGUGAUUUGUUUGAGUGAAGAAGAACAAUGUUAACUAGUGAAGCUAUAUUUCCCCUGUUUGCUUGUAGAUGCUAUUGAAGCUGUGAUAUCACACCAGGCUAUUUAAUCUCUGCAAACACCAUCGCGAAUAGAAUCGAUAUGUAGCUAAUUAUGAAUCUCUUGGUCUUCUUUAAUCAUUACUGUAUCGAACUAUGGAAGAGUUGCAGUAUAUCUUAUGUACCAUUUUUUUUUUUGUAGGUGUAACGUUCGUGAUCACUGUGGAAAUGAAAUCUGUCUGGUGUGAUUAUUUUGGUCUUGAUCUGGAUUUCUGAUCGAAGAAAGCCACGUCGGCAGU